AUGGCGGAAGCUUUGCAGACUCCCUCUCAUCAGGCCUCCGUCGCCGCGGGUGCUGAGGAAUCUCCGGACGGCCCGCACCCCGUUGCAGCCAUGAGGACUUCCAGCCGGCUGGCUGCCCAGCGUGCUCAGGCCGCAAUCAAGCGGACAUAUGAGAACCCGGAACCCACGGAAUCCGAGAGGACUAUCAAACGUUCUCGUCGUGCUGUUCUGUCCGCAGCCGAGAAUGAAGCAGCAACCGACACUGAGUCCGAAUCCUCGCAGUCCUCACAGGUGACGACUGACAGCGGCCAUGCCGAAGACAGCCAAGCAACUUCCACACUGACUAUUCUCGUGUCAAUGGAUGACGCUACUGAGAAUGGUGCAAAUGGAAGCCCGCAGAUCGCAGUUGCCAAAGACGCCGUCGUCCGCCCCCCGGCGGCUGGCAGGCCACUGGUCUGGGCAAAUGGACGCGGGAGCCUCUGUGAAGCCUUGCCAUAUUUCAAGGCUCACAAAGGCAGCCUUUACUCUUCCGGUCUGGUCGCUCAAGGCAUGUUGGUUGACCGAGAGGUUGACCGCCUGGACGUCUUCGGUUCACAGGUGGUCAUCUCCGGGAUUGGCGGUGGCCGUGUCAAGGACCCGCAGACGGGCACAAUGAUCCGCUCGAAAGACACGUCGGACACUGCGGUAUCCUUCAAGACGGCCAUGAAUGCAUUUCAAGCGAAAUCCCUUGUGGCCCUGAUUGCUGUCCUGGGCUACUUCCACAUUACCGAUAUGUGGAAGGAGAAAAUGAUCCCCGAAGGAGCCAAAUCGCCGGUCACAGUCUGGCGCAUGCGCUUUGAAAAGGCAGACCUGACCGAGCCCUCUUGGUGGAUGCCUGCCGUCGAAGAUGCGACGGUCUCCGACACAUCUGUGGACCUGAACGUGAAGGCACCAGUGAUCACUUGCGGCACCUGCGAGACUCCCAGCAAAGAAAUCUUCACUGCUGGUUGGGUGUGCCUUAACCACAAGUGCGAGAAAUUCUUUCAGCUCCGCAAUGGCCACGCCGUCGACAUCAAGUCCCUCGCAUACACUGAGAGCUUUCUCAAUGAGCGAACACCAUUUGCGGGUGAGGUGCCUUCCGUUGUGCCUCCGCUCCCCGACCAUACUGGCCUCCAUGGUACGGAGAUUUCCCUGCGGCGUGGCUUUGUGUGCCCCGACUGUGGCUGCUGCAACCGCCGGGUAUACUGGAACCGCUGGGUGUGCGAGAACAAGGACUGCCAAUAUGCUCGCGACGCUCCCAUGCUUCCCUACCCCGAUGCCCUUCUCGAGGAGGAAAACGCAAAGUUUGAAGACAUGGUGAUGGACAGGAGGGCCAGGAACGGGGUAAAUGAGAACCCCCUCAACAAAGAGUCCUUCGUCUUUGACCCAUUUGCCACUAUCUACCAACGGGGCUACCUCCGCUAUUCACAGACGCUCGACUUGGAUGGCUACCUGGUACUGGGAUCAUUCAGCAUCUUCUCCGCCAAGGAUGAGAUCAAGAGCGUGCCCCAUGGCCCGGACGAUCUCUUCAGGACGCUGGAACUCACCGAUAUUGGACUUCGCCGGAAUCCCGCUGCCGUCUUUGGCCACAAGCUUGAGGGAUACACCCGGCACUUCCAACAGAACUUCGGCGCGAGAUACAAGUUCGGUGUGACAGUCCAGUCGAGGGGCUUUUCUCAAGCUCCGGACGUGAUCCUCCGUGCCCUCCACCGCCUGAUCUGGGCAAAGACGGUUGCCGUUGCCGCAUCUAAUGCUUUCAUCAGGACGCUGGAUCGGGGUACCAGGGGCCAGGAUUCACUGGUGACCAACGCCCGCGAUUUCAACGAGCUGCUGGCCCUCGGAUACAUGGAGGAUGACAAGAUCAACUAUCACGAUGACGGCGAGGAGGAACUUGGGCCAGUCAUUGCUGCUUUGUCGCUGGGCUCCCCAUCCACCAUGCGGUUUCGGCCCAAGCGGGGAACGGGGUUCUUCCUUCCGACUCACAAACAGCUGGGGAAGGUCUGCUACAAGGAGGUCCUCGAGGUUCCCAUGAAGCAUGGCGACAUGAUGGUCAUGGUCGGGACCAACAUCCAGAAGGUUUACGAGCACACGGUCGACCCUCACGGGAAGCGUCGCUUCUCACUUACUGCCCGGUACAUCGACCCGGAGAAGAUGACCUCGCAGGCUGACCGGGAUGAUGCCAUCAUCAAGGGUGCAAUUCCCGCACACGCGCAAGCCUUCGUCUACGAUGGCAUGUGA